AUGACUUUGGAAAGCAUCUCUUCAAAGACAACAGAUGACCUCCACCGGCAGCUGGAAGUGCACAUUGCAAAAAAGAAGAAGCUUGAGAGCGAUCUGCACUCAGUAGAAAAGAAAAUAUACGCGUACGAAGGGCUUUUGCUCGACGAGAAUGGCGGCAGAGGGAUGUUUAGAAAGCCAGACGCUUAUGUAUUUAGAAAGGAAAGAAAAGUAGGCAUAAACGACUGCGACAGACCAUUUUCUAUGGAUUUGCCAGAUGAUUAA